UCAAGUUUUUAUUUAGGAAGUAUAAAUAAUGUUAUCAAAGUUUCAGAUAAAUAUAGAGAUUACUUAAACAAAGUUAAAAUGCACAAUUGAUAUUCUGAACCUAUCACUGCAAAAUGGAAUAAAGAAUCUGAGCUGUCACGAUGUGGUUGGAUAGAGGGUUAAUUGGAAAGAGUGAUCAGCAUUAAGAUGAGAUGUUUGGUUUUCAUUACACUUCACUUCCUCAUAUAAAUACCAGUGAUGGGUUCAGUCAUAUACUAGAAUGCAGCCUCCUAGCUUUACCACUGCAGAGUUUGGAUAUGGAUGAACUGUAUAAAGAUGUUGGAUCAUUCAACCUGGAGGAGAGAGUUUACCUACACCAGGAGAAGGAGGAGAAAGAGGAGGAGGAGGAGGGGGAGGAGAGGAAGGAGGGAGAGGAGGAGAAUUGGUCUGUUCUGGCAAAUAGUUCUCUUAGAUCCACUAGUAUCCAGUGGUUUGGGGAGGAAGAUUUUGAAGAUACAAACUCUAUAUUUAGCAUCUUCCCGGGUAUACUAGAACCAGUACCUGACAGAAUGGUUUCUUAA